UCAACUCUCACCGAGCUGAGAGGAGGAACGGAGGCUGCUCCACGAAGAUGUGAAGAUAAAAACCCCGAGCUACAGCGACCCCCGAGCGGCCUGUUUUCUUUACCUUUCACCGGUGGAGAAGACAUUUUUAUUUUUAUAAUAAAUGCACUUUUUGCAGCACAUGAUUUAUUUUUUUUUGCUUUUUUAAAUUUUACGCAUUUUACGCUAUGGCAGUUCAGUUCACAUCCGGGCCACAAUGCCUUGACUCCAUUAUUGUCUAAAAAAAAAAAAAAACUGGCGGAGAGAGGUUGAUAAACCUUUUUAUUUUUCACCGUUAACGGCUCAUUUUUUAAAUAUAUUUUUGUUUUAAACUUCGUGCAGUGACGACCGGGACGGAGAGGAGAUGUCUAACCAAGGAGUUCGUCGGAACGGCCCCGUGAAGCUGCGAUUAACAGUCCUCUGCGCCAAAAACCUGGUGAAGAAAGACUUCUUCCGCCUCCCUGAUCCAUUCGCAAAGGUUGUCGUGGACGGUUCAGGUCAAUGCCACUCGACAGACACUGUGAGGAACACGCUCGACCCCAAGUGGAAUCAACACUAUGACCUAUACAUCGGGAAAUCAGACUCCAUCACCAUCAGCGUGUGGAAUCACAAAAAGAUCCACAAGAAGCAAGGGGCUGGUUUCCUGGGCUGUGUCCGCCUUCUGUCCAACGCAAUCAACCGCCUUAAAGACACCGGCUACCAGAGACUAGACUUGAACAAGCUGAGUCCCAAUGACAGCGACACAGUCAGAGGACAGAUAGUCGUGAGCCUGCAGUCGAGGGACCGGAUAGGCACAGGAGGCCCCGUGGUGGACUGCAGUCGACUGUUUGACAACGAUCUUCCAGAUGGCUGGGAGGAGAGGAGGACCGCGUCUGGACGGAUCCAGUACUUGAACCACAUCACACGCACCACCCAGUGGGAGAGGCCGACCAGGCCUGCCUCAGAGUACUCCAGCCCUGGUCGACCUCUCAGCUGCAUCGUGGACGAGAACACGCCCGUCAGCACGAACGGAGCCACGCCCACCACAGCAUUACCCCCCAGUGGCGGGGACCAGCGGGCCCAGGAGAGACGAGUCCGAUCCCAGAGGCACCGAAACUACAUGAGCAGGACCCACCUGCACACGCCCCCCGACCUACCUGAGGGAUACGGUUACAGAUCGCUCAGCUGCCAAGCGCUCACAGCUCGCGAGGCUCUGGUUCUCUUUUGGUUUCAAUCGUGCAAAACAGAGAAGGAUCUGAGUAAUGUGAACUGUGAGGAGCUGGGUCCUCUACCUCCUGGAUGGGAGAUACGAAACACGGCCACCGGGAGGGUCUACUUUGUCGACCACAACAACCGAACCACGCAGUUCACAGACCCGCGCCUCUCCGCCAACCUGCAUCGAGUCCUAAAUCCAAGUCCCAACGGUUCCAGAGGAGGCAUCGAAGCGCAGAAUGUCAGUCGUCAGAACCAGUUGAAGGAUCAGGUCCAGCAGGCUCUGGUGUCCCCCGCUCAGCUCCCCGAGGAGGCCGAGUGCCUCACGGUGCCCAAGUACAAGCGGGACCUCGUUCAGAAGCUCAAGAUCCUGCGUCAGGAACUGUCCCAGCAGCAGCCUCAGGCCGGUCACUGCCGCAUCGAGGUGUCCCGAGAGGAGAUCUUUGAGGAAUCAUAUCGACAGGUGAUGAAGAUGAGGCCGAAGGACUUGUGGAAAAGGCUCAUGGUGAAGUUCAGAGGAGAGGAGGGGCUGGAUUAUGGAGGCGUGGCCAGGGAGUGGCUCUAUCUGCUGUCGCACGAGAUGCUGAACCCGUACUAUGGCCUGUUCCAGUACUCCCGUGAUGACAUUUACACUCUGCAGAUAAACCCCGACUCUGCUGUCAACCCUGAGCACUUGUCGUACUUUCACUUCGUCGGUCGUAUCAUGGGGAUGGCGGUGUUUCACGGACACUACAUAGACGGAGGAUUCACUCUGCCUUUCUACAAACAGCUGCUGGGUAAACCCAUCACUCUGGAUGACAUGGAGUCUGUGGACCCCGACCUGCACAACAGCCUCGUCUGGAUCCUGGACAACGACAUCACAGGUGUGCUGGACCACACCUUCUGUGUCGAACACAACGCGUACGGCGAGAUCAUCCAGCACGAGCUGAAGCCCAACGGGAAGAGCAUCCAGGUCACGCAGGACACCAAGAAAGAGUACGUCCGGCUCUACGUCAACUGGCGCUUCCUGCGAGGGAUCGAGGCUCAGUUCCUCGCUCUGCAGAAAGGUUUCAACGAGGUCAUCCCGCAGCACCUGCUGAAGGCGUUCGACGAGAAGGAGCUCGAGCUGAUCGUGUGCGGUCUGGGUAAAAUCGACAUCAACGACUGGAAGUCCAACACGCGGCUCAAACACUGCACUCCGGACAGCAACAGCGUGAAGUGGUUCUGGAAGGCCGUGGAGUCGUUCGACGAGGAGCGCCGAGCCCGGCUGCUGCAGUUUGUCACCGGCUCCUCCAGAGUUCCCCUGCAAGGAUUCAAGGCGCUCCAAGGUGCUGCUGGCCCGCGGCUCUUCACCAUCCACCAGAUUGAUGCCAGCACCAACAACCUGCCCAAAGCCCACACCUGUUUCAACCGGAUCGACAUUCCUCCGUACGAGCACUACGACAAACUGUACGACAAGCUGCUCACUGCCAUCGAGGAGACGUGCGGCUUCGCUGUGGAGUGACUCGCUGACGCCGGCAGCAGCAGCGCUCAGAAACAUCCAGAAGCGACGCGGUUUGGUCCCGAUGAGCCUCCUCCUGACAAAACCUGCCACUCAAGACGGGAGGAGGGUCACGCACGGUUGCUUCUCUCCCAGGGGGACGCACACACUUCCUGGGGACAUGUGGCCGAGCAGAGAGAGGGAGGGAGAAAACAUCACCAGACUUUUAUUUUUAUUUUCUCGCCCUCCUUUACGUCUCUCUCUCUCUUCAGCUGCUAAUAACUCAGACUCUCUUACUAACUCGAGGAAAUCUGCAAAACGUUGCCAGCUCUUCCCUUUUCUUUUUUUUUACAAGUUCAUUUUAGCAUUUAAACACACACAGAGUGUACUCCAUGUAGCAACGCUCCAUCUUCCCAAACGGAACACAAGGUCGGCCCGCUCUGAAGCAACACGGACGAGACGCUCGCUCGGUUACCAGCACGGCGUUUUGGAAGCAGAGCGUGCAGGACUCCGGCUGAUUGGUGCUUCGGGUGCUGAAAAGUCUGAAAGAAAAAGAAAAAACAAAGAGACGCUGAUUAAAACCCGAAUGUUUACAACCCUCUCCAAAGACAGCAGCAGGAUCGUCUGCCCGCUGAUCCGCCACCGCCGCCGCCCGACAACCAACGCUGCAUUCCCACAAACCCCGCCACACAUCCGACAGCUGGUUUGGUUUGAAGAUGAAUAAAUGAAUGCAUAGCUUAAAGUGUGUUAUUUUUAUAUAACAAGGGGGGAAAAGAAAACAAUACAAUUCUAUAUAAUAUAUAUAAUUUAUUGCCGUUAUAUUCCAGAAACCCCAGAACACACGACACACCUUUUUAUAAAGUUUAAAUUAUAAAACCUGUGAUGUAAGCUGUCUGCUCUCGUGCUGCACCAGGAGGGGGCGGAGCGUCUGAAACACGACUUCCUCUCUGAGUGCCGUCGACACGUUCCAGCGAGCGAGUCUUUGCAGGACUAAGCGGACCCUUUAAAUCCGACUGAUUUCAUCCUGGAGCUACACAAAGUGUCCUGAUGUUUUCCUGACAGGCCGUCAUUUGUAGCGGGGCUGUUUCGAUGUCACCACCUUUCAUUUCUCCGUUUCAGAGGAGAAUUUAUUUCCUGCCUUCACUUUUUUUAGAGGAGGCGUUUACUCGCACGUCCAGCUGUCUCGUGCAGUCGGUGUGUAGGACAUCGAACCAUAACGUUGAAAAGAAACAAAUCCUGCACACUCCUCCUGCUCGGCAUCAAUAAUUCAUUAGAACUGACAACGUCUCCGUCCCUCUGAACCUCUAAGUGUGAUCUCUCGUGCUCCUAUCGCUCCGAGUAUGGAGGAGAAGAACCUUAAGAGCCUUUCAGUCAAACGAGAGAAGAAGAAGAAGAUGGGGUAAUGCAAGUUUGAGGAAAUUUAGCUUUAAGAUGACAGAUUUGAAAUGGUUGACGGGGUAAAUGACGAUUUUGAGGCGACUUGGAAGACGUGUGAAAAUAGCUUGUUAAACUUAUUAUAAUGUGAGUCAAAGCCCUCUGGAUCUUUGAGUUCUCACACUGCCGAGCAAGACGAGUGCGUGCGGGAUCUUUUCUUUUCAAUGUCAUCAUUUAAAGACAGGAAGAAUCUCUUCUCCCUGGUGAGGUCAUAACGACACCUGAGGUUUAAUUUAGGAUAUAAUUUUAGUUCAAAUCAAACCUCAUCGAGUCCUACGCUCCAGAUGUUUGAUAACUUCCUGUUUUUAAAUCACCAAAACUUUCAAACUAACUCGUACACGCUGAAAUGUAGCCGACAUGUGUGCAGUGUCUCCUCUGCUCUCUGUCUGACGUAAAUGCAACCUAAGCAUCUUUUUCAGACGCCAAAAAGACUCAAGGAACGCCAGUAUUUACCGACCUGAGGAUUUGAGUGGAGAAGCGCUGCUCUCUCUCUCUCUCUCUCUCUCUCUCUUCUUGGACAGCUUUACGACUGAUGGUCUGUCGGUUUUUUGAAAGCUUUGGUAGUUUUUGAUACUAAAGAUCAUGAAAAAUAAAACGGAUUGAAACAAGUGGUAUCAAAAAGAAUCAAAGUUUGGUACAUUUUGAUAACCUUAAAACCAACUGAUACCUGCUGAGUUAAUCUCUGCAGCAGCUAAAGGUCACAUAUAAUUUAAAAUCCUCUUCACCAUGUUCCUCUAACGUGUCUCUAGUCCGUCUACAAACCCCCCCAAUCAUGAGAAAUGUCCAUCCUCUCCGUCUUCUGCCUGCUCCACUUUUCAGAAAAUGUGUACUCAAACAAGCCGUUUGGAGAUUUUCCCUUCAUGACAUCACAAAGGGCAGUAGCCCCUCCCCCAGAUGGGUGACACUCCCACAGCUAGGUGUUUGUUCUGCCCUGAGUCUGCCUUCUCACCGUAAACAAUAGGACAUGGAGCGAGAAAGACAGAGACACCUGAGUCCUUCCAGAGAGGGGGCGUGGUCAGACACAGCUCAUUUACAUAUUUAAAGGUACAGACACAGAAACAGUCUGUUCUGAGCAGGGCUGAAAUAGAGGGGUUUAUAGACAUGAUCAAAUACAGGAUCAGAGUGGAUUUAGAACAAGAAACUUCACACACAUGUUUUGAGGAGCUCUGACACUUAUUUAAACUCUUUAAAGAGGAGGAGAAUAUGUGACCUUUAAAAUGUUGUUACUUUCCGUACCAUCGAUCAUUAAAAUAUCCGAGAUUGUGUCGUUUUAAAAACACGUGAUGUCAAAGUAUUAAAGUGUGAGAAACACCUGCUACCUUCGAUCCA